GAUACUGUUUUCAAACUCUUGUGUACGAGUGCUACCGUACCGUACGUAUCAUAAAUAUUGAAGAAUAAAAAAGCUCUGAAACGGGAAAAUAUCAUCGGACGGUUUCGAAAGUUGAAAGAUCAUUUUGAGAUUUGUUCGAGACAGAUAUUUUUCAGGGACGAUGACCGGAGCAUUCAUAAGAUAAGUCGUAUCACAUCAUCAUCGAUACGGUUCGAUCAUUCAUUACAAUUCAAUGGAUUUUGUUGCAAUCCAUUCUAUUAGGAAACGAAGAUAGUGCCUGACAUCGCUUUGCCUUAAAUCCAGGGGAGAAGGACAUCAUGUCGACCUAUUUGAAGUCAGCGGCGAUGUCGCUGCUUUCGAAGACGCUACAGACUUUUCUUACCAAAUAUCUAAGUGACGUUGACGUCGAGGGCGUAACAUUGCCUUCUUACGAUGGCUCUGGAUGGGGUGUUCGCCUCAAGAAUGUUCGCCUGAGAGAGGGUGUUCAACUGAUGGAAAAGAUGCCCGGAGGCGUUAAAAAGAAACGAAUCAUCAAACGACGGCGCAGGCGCAGGCGAAGACGAAUUCCUAUGGGAGAAACAGCGACCCAAGAAUCAUUGYCUUCACGACAGAAACUUUUGAAUGAAGACUCAGAUUUGAGUAGACGAAAGAAUAUAAGUGCGCAUCCAAAUACAAAUGCGAGAGAAACAAUUGAACCGCAAAAUGUUACUAGCGAACUCAGUGACGCCAAUGCUCGAAYAGAAAAAGACGACGCACGAAAGUUUCCAACUCGGCAAUCCAGAUCACUUUCAACAGACGAUUUAGAACUUAUCGAUAUCGUCGCAAAAUCGGAAACGGACUAUAUUACAGACGAGGACCUGGAAUACGAUGAGAAUGGAAUUCAGAGGCCUUCGACUCCUGAUCAACAAUCGAGAAGAUUGUUUGCAUGUUUUUACAAUCGGAAUGCGUCCACUAACAAUGCAACCGGAGGAGAUACCAAAUUGAAUGAUCAUUCACUGCAUCAAGGGACGGAACAGCGAAACGAGCAACACCUUUAUCAGAGCGCAGAGGGGAAUUCUUCUACCGCAAAUUUGGAACAUCAACCAAGUACCACUUCCUCAUCUUCAUCUCUCCCGUCUGACAGGAUAGCAAUAGGUGCAAAAUCAUUUGAUAAACAUGAACAUUUUGCAAAUAAUUUUGAUGACAAUGAGGGGGGUGUCGAUGAGUAUGAAUAUUACUAUGAGGAGGAAGAUUGUGAGGAAGAAUACGAACUCCCCCUCAGGCUGUGCUUGGGAGAGGAUGGCCGUAUCGGUAUGAUUGACGUCCGGUUGAUUGGAAAAGAGCUUCAUGUUAUGCUAGAAGAUGCAAUGAUAACAAUAGAAGCCAUUCCAAUAAUACCUAAGGAUGAUACUGUGGAUAAAGACAGAACAAAUGAAGAUGCAAAUGAUGUCUCUAGUGGGGAGCGUCAGUCUCACGGCAAUGCCACUGAUAGCAAGAUGGAUUCAGCAAAGAAUGAUGAUGCAAAUGGAAACGAUAAUGCAUCUUUGCAAGACAACAAAAAUGCCACUAAAUCACAGCCUGAGCCCAAACGUGACACCGUCUAUGACAGAGUAUUAGCCGAUAACGGACUUGCGAGAAUCAUAUCCGCAAUCCCACAUUUAUUCAUUCGAGAUGUGUGCGUGCGAAUGAUUGUAAGAAACGAACCUAUGAGGCCGACAUCAGAGGAAACUGAAAACAAUAGUACUAAAAAUUUUACGAGUACUAGUAGUUACACUACUACCAACAACUAUUUGGAUGGAUACACCAAGCCACAAAAAAGCUCGAAAGACACGAUGGUAGAGGUGGGAGUCGAUUUCUUAUCAGUUACCAGUGGAGAAGACAUACUUUCACACUUCCAACAGGAGCACACAUCAUCUGAAGAAGAUUUGGACAUUUUGAACAAUGGCGGCAGCAACCUUGACGAAACACUCCAUAGUAAAAGGUCAACUUCAUCUACUGACACCAUGUCCACGAAACCACCAUCUCUUCUAAAAAUCCCUUCGACUGUUGUAGAUUCAAACGGAGAACAAAAAAAUGAGUAUCUAGUACGACAAAUUCGAACGGGACGGGGACCAUCUGCAGGCAUUUCUGUGCGAAUUUUCACUCCACAUUCUAUGUUGCCCAAAUUCAUGAUGAAAAGCACAGCUUCAUCACAAGUUCUCUGGGCUCGCCAGCAUUGGGUAUCUGCAACCGAGAGCCAUYUACUAAGAUGUUCAGGGGUUGACAUCCAAGCGAGAAUUCAUAUGGGAACGAAGCGUGUGGACGCUGGGUACUCGUGGUUCUAUGGGGAUUAUGUCGAUGGACAAGAUGAAAACUCCGAAAUUGAUUCUUUGAUACUGUUUGGUUCAGGCAUGGAUACUAUUGCUCCUGGUCCACAACUGCCACUUCCACCCAUCGAACCCAUGCCUCCUCCUGAGCCUCGUAUGAGUCGUGGGGAAACACCGCGUAAGAAAAAGCUAGGAAGUGCAUGGAACGAAGAUGGAAAAAUGCACGAAUCGUCGAUUCAUCCAGGAGUUGACGUUUAUAGUGUUGAUGCAAAUGGAAUUCAAAGUUGCAAAGUACCAAGCUUAUUCCAUAGAGUUUCUAGAGGAAUGGAGCUGACAUCUCUCAAGGAUAACAAGUGUCUACCAUCUGAAUCAUCUGAUUCCUGUUGGGAAGCACCACCCAAAUCUGAUGUACAACGUGCUUCUCCUCUUGAUUCAUCCAUACCAAUGCCAGGGUUGGUUUUACAAAUAGGUAUUCGCGAUCCUUUGGAGAUCAAUGUAGACCGAAAUAAUAUUGAAUCAAUAGGAUUGAUAAAGUCGCUAUUUACGAAAUCAACCRGYGCAGUAACCACGAACGAUGGCGAUGAAAAGAAAGAAACUAAGACGGUGGCUAUGAUUACGCCAUCCAAUGCAGAAGAUACGACACAGGCUACGGCGGCAUCCACAGGAUUCUUUUCAGGCCUACUGUACGGGAAAGCAGAAGAAACUAUCCAGGAGGAAGACACACCAGUGGAUUCUUUCGAAAGCUACAUGCAACCUGAAAGCAUUUCUGUAAUGGGAAUAUAUUUUGCCAAAACAACAAUCCGCGUACACGUAAUGGGUGAAGACCAGAAUGAUAGAAAUCUCUCCUUUUGCUACUGGCAGAUUGAUAUGAAUUGCUUAACUAUCGAUCGACAGUCUUUGGCUGCGUCUGAGAAAUGCUUUUCCGACCUCAGAUUUGAUGUUGGAUGGUUGAAGUGGGACGAGUAUCGCGGAAUUGGCCGGAAGAAUAUUAUGUCUCUUGGUGCACAUCAACUGUCGAGUGAUAUGCGGCGAGGUGACUCUCAAACCUCGUUGUCGUCAAUGCUUGAUGAUCAUACGCAGAACAAAGCGCCUUGGCCAUCAACUGCAUGCGCUCUCCUAGAUAUCCCACCUCCCCUUGAAAGUCUGGCUUACAAAAGCCGCGAGGGCCAUGGUCUACAAUUUCGAUUCAUAUCCACUCCAUCAAGUAAGGAGUCAAAUCCAGAUGCAGUGUCAAAAUCACUUAUUCACUUGAGGCUGGGAUUGACUACUGUCGAUUCUUCUUGGGGAAUCAGGAACGAUAUCAGGCUAAUUAUCAGUGAAAUAAUGAAAAAUCUAUCGAAUUCAGAGGGGAAAACAUCUGAAAAGGAACACAACGAAGCAACCGAAGCUGGCAAUACUCAAAGCAACACAGAUGUCGAAAUAGAAGAAUCAGCUGCAGAAACAGAACGGGCGAGACCRAGGUUUUUGAUGGCAUAUACCAUUCAAGUUGAUAGUGGCAGCAUAUCUCUUCCUCCUCUCAUUCAGACCAAAAUGCCAUUGACUCGUUUUUCUGGAGAACGGUCUUCACUUGCCGGAUUUUCAAUCGAGUCCGUGCUAGGAAAGCUUGACUUUUCUUACGGAUCGAAAGAACCACCGAGAUUGCAUAAAGGGUGCCUUUCUUUGCCUCAAAUCGCGUCAAUACCUGAGCAUGCACGCAUGCACAUCUUACUCUGUCUAGAAGACACUUCUGCUCUCGAAAUCGCAUUGAAUGUGAAGAAAGAGAUGAACCCAUUUCGUCGUAUCAAGGCAGUUGACAAGGCCAUUCUCAAGAUGGCCAAAAAGAUCGCGAAGCGUACUUCAAAAAUGACGAGCAAAAAAAAGCUAAAUGGGAGAAAUCCCUCGCUGUCUUUACGCGAAAACUUAAAAGACUCGGCCACCCGUCGACAGAAUAUUUUGACCGAAAUAAUGAAACUCGACGAUGGUGAGCUAUCAAAUUUAUGGUCAGUUCAUCAACGUUACCAGAAAAAAUUAGCGAAAAAACUACAAGAGGAACGAGCUCAAGAAAAAUUGGAAGCCAACGCGGGAGGAUAAAAUCUACUAUCACUAUGGCCGUUUAGACGUACUUAACUGUACAUCGCACGAGUAACUCGAUACUACAAAUAACUGUAUCUGUUCUUUGUAUUGAUUGGGGUUUAUCAACCAUUUUAAGAUGUCAUACAGUAUUCUGGCUCUUUUCUCAAGAAAAUCAAAAUACUAAAUGAUGAUAUUGUCGCUCUGCAGUAUUCGCAUAUUAUAACUGCCUUACAAAAGAUCCGUUCUUCGAGCGAAUCAAAACAAGGUCUUUUUGAAAAGUGGUGGAGGACUGCACGGUCGAUAAACCGCAUCUCGCAAAGGCGAUGCCCAAGUUCAGCAAUGUCUAUGCAACAUUUUCAACAUCCUGGCAAUAGGAGUCUGAAUGGAACAACAUUGUUCCAAUUCAUUAUUCRCAGCAUUUUCAAAUCCUUGUAAUCAGUGGGUUAGAAGUUGAAGGCACURAUUAGCUUGGAAGUUAAAAGAACACACCUCACAGAAAAGAAAGCCCUUCAAAGGAGAUAUUGGAAACUUAGUUWCACAAUUGACUAGUAGUAAYUGUAAUUGUAAUUAAGCGUAGUAUAGAAU